UAAAGAUAUACACUCGGGUUGUUGAUCGACCACAUACCGCCGUCUAUUCAUCGAUCUUGCUUUUUAAUUUCUAUCAUAACUCAUCUUGUGCGCAACUUAAAGACCUCCCUCGUCGCUUGUGUCCCGGUUAAACAGGUUACACAACCAUUUACACGCACCUCUGAUAUCCGACCCGGCGGCAGUGGGUCCAACCCGUGUUAGUCCACAAAUACGGUGCAUACAUACGUACAUACAUACCUAGGUACAUAUAUGGUGCGGGCGUUGUGACCCCUCCUCUACCUCUCCUGGCACAAGACGCCCACACACACACGACCCUGUCAACCCCUUAGACGAUGGUCCAAGAUGGUCACCUGCUGCUAGUCGGCACCUUCAGGACGCCCGACGUCUACACCCUGCUGUUCAAGCCACCCAGCCGGCCGGGCAAGGACGACGCCUCCCUGACAGUCGCGAAGAGGUCCAAGGCCGUGGGCGGCCACUCGUGGCUGGCCCUGUCGGCGGACAAGACGCGGCUGUACGCGACGUGCUGGACGGACCCGCCCUCGGUGGCGUCGUACCGCAUCCGCGACGACGCCUCGGUCGAGCUGCUGAACACGAAGCCCGUCCGCGCCCUGAGCGGCUACGUCGCCGUCUCGGACAGGUACCUGUACUCGGCCGGGGGCCCCUCGGGCGAGGUGUUCAGCCUGGCCCCCGACGGGAGCAUCGGGGACCUGGCGCAGGAGGUGUCGUUCCGGAGGGCCGAGGAGCUCGACGACGGCAGGCGGGACGGCGUCGCCCACGGCAGCUUCGGCGGCCUGCGCCACGGCUCGCACUCGGUCGACCUCUCGCCCGACGGCAAGAGCCUGUACGUCGCCGACAUUGGCCACAACUGCAUCUGGACGUACUCGGUCGACGAGUCCGGGCCCAGUGCUGCUGCUGCUGCUGCCGCCACCACCAACGGCACAACCAACGGCACCAGCGAGAAGACGAAGGCGGCGACGACCACGUCGGGGCCCCUGACCCUCGGCACCAAGCACAUCUCCCCGCGGCCCAACGACGGGCCCCGCCACACCUGGCCGCACCCGAGCGGCCGCGUGCUGUACUGCGUGCAGGAGCACAGCGGCAUGGUGGACGCCUUCCGCGUGGCCGCCGACGGCGUCACGCUCGAGCACAUGCAGGGCUUCACCAUCCUGCCCGAGGGCCAGCGGUGCGAGGACUUCUGGGCCGACGAGGUGCGGGUCAGCAACGCCCACCACACCACCAACAACAACGCGCCGCGGUACCUGUACGCCUCGACGCGGGGGCUCGAGCCCGGCACCAAGGGGUACGUCGCGGCCUACGAGCUGGACGCGGACGGCGGCAUCGCCGGCCCCGCGGUCGACAUCUUCGAGACGCGCACGAGCGGCGGGCUGGCCAACGCCAUCGAGCCCGCGCCGGGCCCGCUCGUCUCGGACGGCAGCGACGAGUUCAUCGCCCUGACGGACAGCGAGGAGGGGCUCGUGGUCAUCCUCGCCUUUGACGGGUCGAGGUUCAGGGAGGUCGCCUCGACGAGGCUGGUGCGCGACGGCGGCGAGGCGGCCACGGCGGCCACGGCUGUCUGGCUGUGAGGCUGGCGAGCAGGCAACAUUCGAUGAGGCGAGCAACCCCGUACAGUUGGGCGGGCGUGCUGGCCUGGUAAGCUGGAGAGACGGAGAUACCUGGCCGAAGGGGCCCUGAUUAUGUGUGCGCCUUUGAGCGAACCAUGUGAGCAACAAGAUCAUACAAUAUAUGAACACUCUUAAUUUUUGGCCA